AGCGGCGCGUCCCAAGCCGGGCCGGGGAGGCCGGCGGGCUCUGCGGAGUUGUCACCCUCCCCGCCCCCUUGUCAGUCAGGCCGAGGGGGCGGUGCGGCCGCCAGGCGGGGGCGCUGAGCUCAGAGCUGCCGCAGCGCCGGAGCGGGAGCCCGAGCCCCAGCGCGCGAGCGAGCUGGGCGCAAGGCGCGAGUGGUGGCAGGCGACGCACCCAAGACCCGGGCACUGCUACGUCCGGCUCAGGUCCCGCGCCCCUCCUGCUGCGGACCGACCUGAUCGCCUGGCGAAGCCCCGAUUCCUCACGGGUCCCAAGCCCACCGCAGCCCGGCCUAGCCGAGCCCCAGCAUCCGCUCGCCGCAGCCGCCGUUCCAUCCCCUGCUCGGGCCCCACACCCAGGCCGCCAGGAUGGACGUGUUCAUGAAGGGCCUGUCCAUGGCCAAGGAGGGUGUCGUAGCCGCCGCGGAGAAAACCAAGCAGGGGGUCACCGAGGCGGCAGAGAAGACCAAGGAGGGCGUCCUCUACGUCGGAAGCAAGACCCGAGAGGGGGUGGUACAAGGAGUGGCCUCAGUGGCUGAGAAAACCAAGGAGCAGGCAUCACAUCUGGGAGGAGCUGUAUUCUCUGGGGCUGGGAACAUCGCAGCAGCCACAGGCCUGAUGAAGAAGGAGGAAUUCCCCACUGAUCUGAAGCCCGAGGAAGUGGCCCAGGAAGCUGCUGAGGAGCCACUGAUAGAACCCCUGAUGGAGCCAGAAGGGGAGAGUUAUGAGGAACCGCCCCAGGAGGAGUAUCAGGAGUAUGAGCCAGAGGCGUAAGGGCCCAGGAGGGCCCCCUCACCAGCAGCACAAUCCCUUCCCUGUCCCUGUCCCACCCCCCAAAGCCAGGGCUGUCCUUCUACCCCUUCCCCCCAAACAGGAGAUCUUCCUUCACUCUGAGGGGCCCCCUCAGAGCCUGUGUUAGUGUCUGUCCAUCUGUCUCUCCUACCCGCCCACAUCCAACCCUGUGGCGUGGACAGGGCAAGGGCUGCGGCCUUGACUCGGAGCCUCUCCCCACCUGUGUUGCCCGCCCCUCGCCCCAUCCUGUCCAGUGUGUGCAGGGAUGUAGCAUGUUCUAUGUGUUUUUAAACGAAGAUCUAAAAGCGAUGGCUCUCCUCUCCCACUCCCGACAGAAGCUCUCUGAAGGGCCAUCCGGCAGCCCCAGAGCCCCCCACCCCCCCGCCCACAUCGACCCCAAGAACCAUUUUUUUAACCAAAACCAGGAGCCAGGCUGUGCCAUGCCCCCUCCCCCAGCCGGCCCGGUCCAAGCGCGGGCGUCAUGUGUCGUGAUUGUGGCAUGGAGAGUCCCCCAAUCCCCGUGUGAGCGUGUUCCAGGCGGGCAGCAUUGCCGCCCCCUUCCCCCCUCCGUGUCCAUGAAUAAAGCCAAUCUGUCUGUA